CUCUACACCGCGCAAUUCUCGUAAAUUUUCGGAUCCGACGACGUCGCUGCGCGCAUGUAUAAAGCCAAUUUGCGCCUAAAAAGCGUUGUACCAAUAGUAAAAAUCACUAAAAGUCAAUUACAAAAAACAACAAAUGCACGUGAAGGCGGAAAUAAAAUAAAAACGCGUAUAUUUAAUACAGAAAACAACCGAAAAUUUAAAUUUUAAAAAAUGCUGCUGCAAACCCCGAUGCCUGGCGCAGGUUAGAGCGAGACAACGCUACUUACUCAAGUAUGUGUGCAAUUUGUUGAUAGUAUUUGCUGUUGUUGUAAAAAUGCCCCGCUUGCAGGCGUGCAACAACAAACAGACCUGAAACCACAAAAAAAACUCGAAUGCCGGCAAAACAAAAACGCGUAAACAUAAAUUCGAUUGAUGCGAAAAGAGCAAAAUAAGAAAACCGAAAGCAUAUCGUUGAAGAAUACACAACAAAAGUGGAGGUGGAGUGAGCUGAGGUAUCUGUGUGCGUCGCGUAACUACGCGUGUGUAUGUGUGUUUGUGCAAAGGAUAGGAAUAGGAGGUGUAAUCGGCGAUUGUCGGAAAUCGAAAGCCAAAAUGUGGUAAACAAAAAAAUAAAUAAUAAAACUGAGCCAUUCAAAUUACCUCCGAUUGUAAACGACGGUUUCCAGUUUAAUCAGCGAAAAAUCGAACAGAAAAUGGCCCGCAAAGUAAACAAACACAGCAGGACAAUUUGGAGCUGGCUAGUCGGCAGUUAUUUGAUCCUACAAUUGAUUGGAAGCAGUUUCGCAAGUCAAGCGCUCUUGUUCACCUUGGAGCCGCAGGAUGCCGUGGUGCCCGAGGGCCACUCCGUGCUGCUUCAGUGCUCGGGCAGUGCAUCCGUGGGGCGCGGAGGCAAGGGCAAGGCCGGCUCGCCCACCCCAGUGAGCAUCCGGUGGCGCGGACCCGAUGGCCAGGACCUGGUCAUCGUGGGCGAUACGUUUCGCACGCAAUUAAAGAACGGAUCGCUGUACAUCAGCUCGGUGGAGGAGAACCGUGGUCUGACGGGCGCCUACCAAUGCCUUCUAAGUGCCGAGGGCGUGGGCAGUGUGCUGAGUCGUCCGGCACUGGUGGCCAUUGCCCGUCAGCCGGAUCUGAAUCAGGACUUCCUGGAAACCUACCUGCUGCCGGGCCAGACGGCCUACUUCCGUUGCAUGCUGGGCGAAGCCAACUGGCAGGAGGGCGUGAAGCACUCGGUGCAGUGGUUCAAGGAUGACUUGCCACUCGUCGUGGACAAGCUGCGCAUGGUGGUGCUGCCCAAUGGAGCGCUGGAGAUCGAUGAGGUGGGUCCGUCGGAUAGGGGCUCCUACCAGUGCAACGUGACGUCGGGCAGUGCCUCUCGGCUGAGCAGCAAAACCAAUCUGAACAUCAAGAAGUCUGCCGAACUGGGUGCAGAGAAUGCAGUGGCUCCCUCGUUCCUCGUCGGUCCAUCGCCCAAAACCGUGAGGGAGGGCGACACUGUCACCCUGGAUUGUGUGGCCAACGGAGUGCCCAAGCCGCAGAUCAAGUGGCUGCGCAAUGGCAUGGAUCUGGACCUAAACGAUCUGGACUCCCGCUUCUCCAUUAUUGGAACAGGCUCGCUGCAAAUCUCCAGUGCCGAGGACAUUGAUUCUGGGAACUAUCAGUGCCGGGCCAGUAAUACGGUGGAUUCUCUGGAUGCCCAGGCCACGGUGCAGGUCCAGGAGCCACCGAAGUUCAUCAAGGCGCCCAAGGACACGACUGCGCACGAGAAGGAUGAGCCAGAGCUGAAGUGUGACAUCUGGGGCAAGCCCAAGCCCACUAUUCGCUGGCUGAAGAACGGAGAUCUCAUAACUCCCAACGACUACAUGCAACUGGUGGAUGGUCACAAUCUGAAGAUCCUGGGUCUCCUGAACUCCGAUGCUGGCAUGUUCCAGUGCGUGGGCACCAAUGCGGCCGGCAGUGUGCAUGCUGCAGCUCGUCUACGGGUCGUUCCCCAAGGAGUGAAAAUCAAAAAACGCAAACCCCAAGGCCAUUCCACCAAAUCCCUUCAGACCUUUGACAAUCUAACCAAGCGGCGCAAGCCCUUCAAUUCGGGUGAGCUGCUGCGCACCAAGUCCGGUGGCAGUUCGCGCUUUACGGACGCGGACGAGGACGAUGACAUGGACGAAGAUGACUCUGGUACGACACGACUACGGAUUCCAAACGGAAAGCUUCCCAAAUUCGAGCAACCGCUCAACGAUCGCAUGUUCAGUAUCCUAAACACGGCAAGUGCUCUGCCGCUGGAGAAUCAAUCCAAGAACUAUGAGGACGACGACGAUGACUAUGACGAUGACGACGACGACCCAGCCGCCAAGAAGGCUCUGCUGGAGGCUUACAAACAGGGCGAGGACCCACAGAAAAUACUGGACUCCUAUCGCGCUAGCAAUAGCAAGAAAUCCCAGCAGCAAAAACAAUCCCCUGCUUCCCCAGAUUCCCCCGAGCAGGAUCCGAGUGCCCCGCAUCCUGGUUCCAAGGUCCUGGACAGCGGACUCCAGGCCCGGCUGCCCAGUCAGCCGCGCGAUCUGGUGGCCCAGAUUGUGAAGUCCCGAUUCGUGACCCUCAGCUGGGUGGAACCACUUCAGAAUGCCGGCGAUGUGGUCUACUACACGGUCUACUACAAGAUGAACAACAGCGAGAGGGAGCAAAAAAUGGUUACCAAAUCGCAUGACGAUCAACAGGUCAACAUUCAAUCACUUUUACCGGGCAGAACUUACCAAUUCCGUGUGGAGGCCAAUACCAAUUUUGGCAGCGGCGCAUCCUCGUCUCCACUGGAGGUCAGUACCCAACCGGAGGUGAACAUUGCUGGUCCACCACGCAACUUUGAGGGCUAUGCCCGUAGUCACAAGGAGAUCUAUGUGAAGUGGGGAGAGCCUGCGGUGACCAAUGGCGAGAUACUCAAGUAUCGGGUUUACUACUCGGAGAACGAUAGCGGUGCUGAUCUGUAUCACGAUAGUACUGCCUUGGAUGCACUGCUGACGGAGCUGCGUCCGCAUACGGACUACGUGAUUUCCGUGGUGCCUUUCAAUAGGAAUGGAAUGGGCGAUCCCUCGGCAGAGAUCCGAGUGAAAACGUUUUCCUCCACGCCAUCGGAGCCGCCCAAUAAUGUCACUCUGGAGGUGACUAGUUCCAGCUCAAUCACCGUCCACUGGGAGCCACCUGCAGAGGAGGAUCGCAAUGGCCAGAUUACUGGCUACAAGAUUCGCUAUCGCAAGCUCAAGGAUGCGCCCCAGGUGAAGAGCACUCCGGCAAAUAUUCGUUACUUCGAGCUGAGCAGCUUGGAUCGCAAUGCCGAGUACCAGGUUAAGAUUGCGGCCAUGACGGUGAACGGAUCAGGACCCUUUACGGAAUGGUAUCGCGUCAACACACUGGAGAAUGAUCUGGACGAGACGCAGGUGCCAGGAAAACCCAUUUGGAUAAACAUUCAUCCGGGAGCCACCAACAUUGCCCUACACUGGGGUCCGCCGCAGCAGCCGGAGAUCAAGAUACGCAACUAUGUGCUGGGCUGGGGUCGCGGAAUUCCCGACGAGAACAUCAUCGAGCUGAAGGAGACGGAGCGCUAUCACAUACUUAAGAAUCUGGAGGCGAACAUGGAGUAUGUGGUGUCACUAAGGGCGAGGAAUGUUAAGGGCGACGGUCCACCCAUCUAUGACAACAUUAAGACUCGCGAUGAGGAGCCCGUAGAUGCACCCACGCCGCUGGAGGUUCCGGUGGGUCUGCGAGCCAUCACCAUGUCCAGCUCCUCGAUUGUGGUCUACUGGAUCGACACGAUGCUGAACAAGAACCAGCAUGUGACCGAUAAUCGCCAUUAUACGGUUAGCUAUGGCAUCACGGGAUCCAACCGCUAUCGCUACCACAACACCUCGGACCUUAAUUGCAUGAUCAAUGAUCUGCGACCCAAUACGCAAUACGAGUUUGCUGUAAAAGUGGUCAAGGGUCGCAGGGAGUCGUCCUGGUCGAUGUCCGUGCUGAAUAGCACGUAUCAGAAUGUGCCGGUCACGCCGCCGCGAGAGGUCACCGUUCGCCUGGAUGAGCUGAAUCCGCCCACCGUGAUCGUACAAUGGAUUCCGCCAAAGCACACAGUUGGCCAAAUCACCGGUUACAAUAUCUACUAUACAACGGACACCACGAAGCGGGAUCGCGACUGGGCAAUGGAGGCCUUUGCCGGCGAGGAGACCAUGCUGAUGCUUUCGAACCUGAAGCCUUACACCACGUACUACUUUAAAGUUCAGGCGAGGACCACCAAGGGGAACAACAACGCUCCCUUCUCGGCUCUGGUGUCGUACACCACCAGUGCAGCGGUCAUAAUGCAGGAGGCCGACACCAUAGCCAAGGGAAUUGACAACGAGAAGCUGUUGUACAUCAUCAUUGCAGCCACGGCCGUUGUUCUACUCGUGGUGCUCUUGGGCAUCCUAAUGCUUUGCCGGCGUAAGCCCCAAUCCUCGCCAGAGCACACAAAGAAGAGCUACCAAAAGAACAACGUGGGAGUGCCUAAGCCACCGGAUCUAUGGAUACACCAUGAUCAAAUGGAGCUCAAAAACAUCGACAAGGGCUUGCACACGGUGACACCGGUCUGCAGCGAUGGAGCCUCGAGUAGUGGUGCCCUCACGCUGCCCCGUUCGGUGGUGCACAGCGAAUACGAAGUGGAGACGCCAGUGCCGGGUCAUGUGACCAAUUCGCUGGACAAGCGAUCCUACGUGCCCGGAUAUAUGACCACCUCAAUGAACGGAACGAUGGAGCGACCGCAGUACCCGCGCACCCAGUACAGUCACCAGAAUCGAUCCCACAUGACCAUGGAGGCGGGUCUCUCCCAGCAGAGCUUGACCCAGCCGCAGAGCAACUCAAUGGCCCAGACUCCGGAGCAUCCCUACGGCGGCUACGAUGCCAACUUCUGCAAUGCGAGCAAUGGAGCUGCUGGCAAUGGUUGUGUGUCCACCAUUGAGAGUUCCAAGCGUGGCCAUCCUCUGAAGAGUUUCAGUGUACCAGGACCACCGCCCACAGGCGGAGCCACGCCCAUUAAUAAGCAUACAGCCCCCGCCGUCACAAUACGUCCACAAAACCAGUCGCCCUACAAGAAGCCCUCAUUCUCGGCUGCCACGCCCAAUCGCCUGCAGGGCGGUGGCUCGGUCGUCCACUCAACCGAUGAGAUUCAAAGACUGGCACCCAGCACGUCCACCGAGGAGCUUAACCAGGAAAUGGCCAAUCUGGAGGGCCUCAUGAAGGAUCUGAGCGCCAUAACGGCCAACGAGUUCGAGUGUUAACACUGAAGCCCUCGCCUUAAAAGUGUCCGGCAGGCUGAAAGUAUUAGUCGUCAAACAAUAGAUGUUACUUGUUUUUUAGUUUCUGUUUAAUAUUAUUGAUUCGACUCGAAUUUGUGAAUUGCAUUGAACGGACUUGAAUUCAGUUCGCCCUCCGCAGAGGUCCAUUUAGUUUUAGUUAAUCAAAUGUGCGAUAUAUUAAUGACCGAAAAGAACUGUAAAUACGAACGACGCCGCCAUAUAAAUUUUUAAGUCUAGAUACACACAUUCAUACCUAUAAAUAGCACUUAAGCAUAGUUAAUUAUCGAAUAAGGGAGGUGUAUAAAAUCGGGGACAGAGAACAGAAAACAGAGUUAAAGAGUAGACGAAAGGCGUUUAUUGUGCAGGAUCUGUCUUUAAACUGUCACACGGCAUUUCAUAUUUAUCACUCUGCAUCAUCUUAAUUUAAUCCGAAGCCAAAAGCGGAUAGUCUAAGUCUACAUACAUAUGCCAUUCUAUAUUCAUAUGCUUACAGCAUCUUAGCUAAGUUUCAUACUAGUAAAGACCCUAUGCUAUUAUAACCCCAACAAACAAUCAAAACAAUUCGAUCUAGACUUGCCUCUUAAAGUGUUCAUCUUUUUCUUUUUUUUUUUAUCAAUCAUUCACACGCAUGAGUUUGAUAUGUGCCAUUCAAUCAAUGAUUUGUCACCAAUCCCACAAAACUACUUAAGCUAUAAAGUCAAGUUUUAGACUGUAAGCCAGGAAAGCAUUUACGAUUUAAACUAUACUAUUAAUAAAUGGUGGAAUGACAAGGUCCGUUAUACUAUGUCAAGAAUAAAUUAAACUUUUUGAGAAGAUUUUGAUGUGUUCAAAGUUUUUAUUGCAAGAAAGUUUUAUAUUUUUAUGCGUUCACUAAAAAACUGUAUUCAACAUUGCUUUGCACAACAAUCUCAUUAAACUCAGCAAUACAUUAAAACAUUGAAAACAAAGCCAAAUGCACGAGAUAGGCAUUUGAAAAUUGUGAAACUUUUAUUGUAUUGGACGUAAACUUUGUAAUCAAAAGAAACAUUGCUAAAUAUAUAAAGAAUAUGUGAAAUUUA